AUGACGUUCGCGGUGGCAACUCCAAUGAGUGGGAAUACCCAGACGCUGGUGACGAGCGCCAUCGUCCAGGUUGAUGCUACGCCCUUUCGAGCUUGGUACAACCAUCACUAUGGCGUCGAUCUCUCACGCAAGAAGAAAGCUGCGUUCUCCAAAAAGGAAGGGGAGCUUUUGGAGCUGUGCUCAGUGAAGCAACCGGCGAGGAAGAGAAGCCAAAGAGCAAGCACACGCUGCGAAAGCUUGCCGCAUCCACACCUCGAGGAGCAAAUGCCGAGUGGAAGGCUACUCGCGUGCAUCGCUUCCCGGCCUGGACAGUGUGGGUAAGCAAGCUCACAACAAGAGAGUUUAGUCCAUAAAAGUGACAAUUUUCUGAUUUCCUUGUGUUUUAACAUGA